CAACGAUAUAUAAAGGACCAUCAGCUCGCCACUAAAUUUAAUAUCCAGCUCAUCAGGGUUCUUCAUCUAUACUCCAACUAUCCAACCAACCUCAAGACAACAUCAUGGUCUCCUUCAAGUCUCUCCUCAUCGCCGCCUCGGCACUCACCGGAGCUCUCGCUCGUCCCUUUGACUUCCUCGACGAGCAAGAUGACGGAAACUCCACCUCUGUCCUUGAGGCCCGCCAGGUCACCGGUAACUCUGAGGGUUACCACAACGGAUACUUCUACUCUUGGUGGUCUGAUGGUGGUGGCUAUGCCAACUACCGUAUGGGUGAGGGAAGUCACUACCAGGUUGAUUGGCGCAACACUGGUAACUUUGUUGGUGGAAAGGGUUGGAACCCUGGUACUGGCCGAACUAUCAACUAUGGCGGUUCUUUCAGCCCUCAGGGUAACGGCUAUCUCUGCGUCUACGGCUGGACCCGCAGCCCUCUCGUCGAGUACUACGUCAUCGAGAACUACGGCACUUACAAUCCCGGCUCUGCUGGCCAGCACAAGGGCACCGUCUACAACGACGGCGACACCUAUGAUCUGUACCAGACCACCCGCUACAACCAGCCCUCUAUCGACGGCCAACAGACCUUCAACCAGUACUGGGCCAUCCGCCGCAACAAGCGCAGCAGCGGCGCUGUCAACAUGCAGACUAUCUUCAAUGCUUGGGCUAAUGCUGGCAUGAGACUUGGAAACCACUACUAUCAGAUUCUAGCUACCGAGGGAUACCAGAGCAGUGGAUCUUCUUCCAUCUAUGUCCAGACUAAGUAAGGCCUGGUUCGAGUGCCUAUAAGGGGUUGUUGGCACAAAACCUGAGGAUCAAUAAUCUUUGAAGGUCAUAUUUCAGAGGUUGGGGGAGGAUAGGUGUCCAAAAUUAUGAAGAGGUCUGUGACCUGGUUCCGAUGGAGGGGGCUUUACUUUUCAACACGAGACAAUUCUCCUUUGGAGUCUUGACUUGUCAUUCUCUUGUACAUAACUUUGAUUUGAUCAACGUUACAUAACGUGAAAAACCUUACGAGUUCAAUAAAACCAUGAGCGAUAUUCUAUAGCCAC